CGCAAAUGUCACGAGCAUCACAAUGUUUUUGUUGAAAUUCAUUUUUUACAGUAUUUAUAGUUUAGGGGUUGUUAUAUUUUCUUAUUACGUUAGCUUGUCGUACUUGUACACGUCUCACAAAGACUGGUUUUACAAUGACAUUAAAAACAAUUCAGUUUACGAUUACAUCAUUGUCGGGGCUGGAAGUGCAGGUUCAACACUGGCUACAAGAUUAUCGAAUGCUGGGGCUAAUACAUUGCUAAUUGAAGCUGGGGGAUCAGAUGUUCCUUUUUUUAAUAUACCCAUCAUUGCACCUAUGCUUAUCAAUACUCCUUAUGAUUGGCAGUACUUGACUGUGCCACAGGAAAAGGCAUGUAAAGCUCUGAUCAACAAUCAGAGUGCUUGGUCUGCAGGCAAAAUACUUGGUGGUUCCAGUCGAUUGAAUUAUAUGAUACAUUCAGAAGGUCAUCCGGAUGAUUAUAAAUCAUGGUUUCCUGACUUUGAAGAAAUGCUUAUGAAAAGCAGCGAAUUAUUACAGGUGGAUAAACCAAAAUGGAAAUCAAUAGUAUCUGAUGCUAUAUUGAAAGGCCUUGAAGAAUUGACAUUAAAAAAUAUUAAUAGCAAAAUGAAUACUAAAUUCAAGCGAGUACAGUUAACAAUGAAAAAUGGUGAACGCUGGAGUGUAGACAGAGCCAUGAAGCAGAAAUCCAAUAACAAACUUACAGUUAUAACAAAUUCAUUUGUUACUAAAAUUUUAUUUAAUUUGAAUACAGCAUAUGGAGUGAAUUAUAUUAGACAUGAUGAAACACUCAAGGCAUUUGCAGAAAAAGGAGUAAUUCUUAGCGCUGGUACUAUUGGUAGUUCUAAAUUACUAUUGCUAUCUGGUAUUGGUCCUAAAGAUCACUUAGAAGAAAUGAAGAUAAAAAAUAUAGUCAAUUUACCGGUUGGCCAGAAUUUAAAAGAUCAUAUCAUAACAGGAUUUGAUUUAAUAAAUCUUGAUAACAAUAUUGGAAUGAGUAUUGCUGAUGCCUUGAAUCCUUCAUCGAUGUUUGAUUAUUUUAAAUCAGGCCAAGGACCUUGGACGCUUGCUGGAGUUGAAAUAAUUGGCACAUUUCACAGUAAACUAAAUAAUUUAUCCACACCAGAUCUUCAGUUUAUGAUUUUUCCAGUUGGAUUAUCGCAAGAUAAUGGAGUCUUGUUAAGAAAAAAUAUUAGAAUUUCCAAAGAGGUUUUUGAUGAAUACUUUGCUCCUUUAUCUUAUGGAUCAUCAAUUACAAUAGCCCCAGUGCUAUUGCAUCCUAAGAGCUCUGGAGAAAUAAAGUUGAAAAGUAACAAUCCAUUUGAUUUACCAAUUGUUGACCCAAAAUAUUUAUCCCAUGAAGAAGAUGCAUUAACUUUAAUCGAAGGAAUCCAAAUUAUUAAGGAAAUAAUCAAGACUGAAUCAAUGCAAAAAGUGGGAGCUAAAUUGUAUGAAAAACAUUUUCCAGGAUGUGAAAUGAUAAAAUUUGAUACAAAAGAGUAUUGGGAGUGUUAUUUACAAUAUUUAUCUUUAACUACCUAUCACCCUGUUGGUACUUGCAAGAUUGGUGAAGUUGUAGAUUUUAAAUUCAGGGUAAAAGGUACACAAAACUUAUAUGUUGUUGAUGCUUCAAUAUUUCCUGAACUACCAAGUGGUAAUACCCAUAUACCAGUUGUAGUAGCUGCUGAAAAAGCUGCUAUGUUGAUUAUAGAAAGUUUUAAAAAACAUAAGAACUCAUUGAAUAAGUGUUUUAAAAAAAAUAUAUUUCAAAAUACUGAAUUCUAAAGUUUCAGCAUAGAUUUAAUUUUAUAACAAUGCAUCCUUUAAAUAUGGCGACUUAUGUACAUCUAUGUAUAUAUGUACAGUGAUAUUCUAUUGAAAGUUGGAGAACAUGAAUUGAAAUUUUUUUAUUUCAAAUUUCCAAUUACCAAUGGAUGGUUAAAGUUAAGAUGUUCUAACACUUUUCGAAAAACUUGUACUUUCAUAUAAAUAAAUAUAAUUUUAUA